ACAAAACUUUUGAAUUUUAAAAUAGGAGGACCAGCAAAAAAGUGAAAAUAGAGGGAUCCUUGAUAUUAUCCUACUCCACUCCAUCUACCUCAACCAAACAGAGACCAUUAUCGUUUCUUUCCAUACCUUCAAUUUUUACAUCAACCCAAAGAAAGGUGACAUUGGUUUCCGGCUAUCAGCACACGAGUUCUUUUUCCUUUAUGCCCUUCAUAGACUCGGUAUAGAAAAUAAGAUAAAUGGAAUCUACAAGCUCCCGAGUCAAUGUUGUUCAAAGCUCUAGACAAUCCUCAAAGCGACUUCUGUUUGACCGCCGCUAUGGAUGGGUAAUUGAUGAAUGGAAACAUCCAGCAGAGGAAGCACUUGAUGGUGGCCGAGGAAUGUUUUGCAUACUCCCACUUGCCAAAAAUUUGGUGCAGAUGGCCUCACAAUCGAUAAAUCUUGGAGUUUCCUCAGCCAUAAAAGCUUCUGAAAACCCACAGAUGUUUUCCUUGCAGAUGCUGCAGAAUGCUCUAGAUGACAGUGUUCGCAAUUUUGCGUCGUCUUUAAAAUUUGGCAGGUGAAAGGUUUCAUCCGCAACAAAAAUACUCUGCCACAUUGUUCCAACAGAAACUAAUGAUGAAAGGCGCAAAAGUUUCUCCUCGUUAAAAGUUUGUGUUUUGCUCGUAUGCAACUAUGCUUAAGUGCUUUAAAUUAUGAUAGUAGUCUUGUUUUGCAAUUUGAAAACAGCUUAGUUAAGCACUUAUUGAAUAUUCAUUUAUCAUCAAACGUUUAUGUAUAAGUUAUUUUUAUGGUAGGCGCAAAAGUUUUAAUUAUGCCACAUUGUUCCAACAGAAACCAAUGAUGAAAGGCGCAAAAGUUUAUCGUCAUUAAGAGUUUGUGUUUUACUC